AUGGAUUCCGGCAUCGGUUGUCCUGACUAUUCCGCACAACCUGCUGUUGCCUGCAGCAAAUCGGGCAAUCCGUCCAACCUGUCCGACUGGUCAAGUGUUGACGAGCUACCGAUUCGAUCAUUAUCCAUUGAUUGUAGAGCAUUCCUCGUGCAAUCANCAACGUGCCUUCUACGAUUUGGUCGGUACGGGGCCGCAGUGCACGAAUUUCGUGAACCGAAUGGGAUCGCGGUUCUCCCAGACGGUACGAUUGCGGUGGCCGACGGGAAUGCGGAAAUGAUCAAGUUCUUCUCACCCAACGGACAAUUUUUGUACGCUUGGAAGUUACGUACGCCCAGAUCGGCUUCCGCGUAUCCAAACUGUUUGACAAUAAGACCAGGCACUUAUGCCGGCUGCCACGCCAUUCGAUCUUCAGGACACCACACUGAACCAGCCAGUUUACACAACAGUUGCAGCGAUCCGACAUCACCAGGCCAGCCGUUAUUGAAUAGCACAUUUGUUGGGCUAAGCGAUUCGACCGAAUCGGACGACGGGGGCGAUUUGGUCGUGGUGCUGCGUAAACCAGCUCCAAGUAUACAAAUCUAUUCCCUCACAGGGAAAAAGACACGAGAAUUUCAGGGUGAUUUGCUUUCUCCCAAGUGUGUGACAGUGGACAAGGACGAUCGUAUUAUUGUCGUGGAGAGUCACGUGAGUGAUGACUUUUGA